AUGGCAGCACCACUCCGAUCGAGGGGGAAGCCCAAGAUUAGACCUGUGAAACGGCAUGGGCCAGAUAUCUCCAUCGACGAGACAUGGUCCAAGCUAUCGAAGAAUAUCGUCGAGAUCCAGAAUCAUAAUGCGGCGAAUCUGUCCUACGAAGAAAACCAUCGAUACGCAUACAACAUGGUGUUAUAUCGUCAUGGGGAAACACUGUACAAAGGGACCAACAAAUUAAUUGCUGAGAAUCUGGAGAAGCUCGCGAACGAAUACAUAUUUCCUGCGUUUCCCAGUGGCAGCGAGGACGAUCCUCUUGAGAAGGCUCAAGCAGGGGAGACGCUGCUGAAAGCUGUGAGGAAAGUAUGGGACGACCACACAUCUAGUCUGUCUAAGCUGCGUGACGUUCUCAAAUACAUGGAUCGUGUCUACACCAAGGACGCGAAGGUGCCGGAGAUAUGGGAUUCUGGCCUGCUCCUUUUCAUCAAGCAUAUAUUGCGAUCUCCCAUCGAAGACAACCUGGUCAAUGCUAUCCUCACCGAGAUUCAUACAGAGCGCGACGGGUAUGUGAUCAAUCGCUCGGCCGUGAAAGGCUGUGUGGACGUGCUUCUACAGCUCUUCGAUGAGCGUUCCGAGAAGUCGGUGUAUGCGCGAGACUUGGAGCCUGCCGUGCUCAAAGAGAGUGAGGCAUUUUAUAAAAAGGAGGGCAUCCAGCUGUUGGAGACAUGCGAUGCACCGGAAUACUUGCGAAGAGUAGAAAUCCGGUUCCAGCAAGAAGAAUCGAGAGCGCACCAUUACCUGUCAUCCAAGACCAGCCUGUCUCUACGACGACUUCUGGAACAAACCUUGUUGACACCACACCUGUCGACCGUACUCUCCAUGCCCAACUCCGGACUAGACAUGAUGAUUGACACGGACAAGAUCGACGACUUAUCCCGCUUGUACCGUCUGUUCACAAUGGCCACUAUAGGCGUCCCGACCCUCAGAAAGGUUCUGAGAGAAAGUAUCAUUCGACGAGGAAGAGAGCUUAAGUCCGCUAGCCUGAAUGCGGAUGCCGAUGACCUCCAAGCACAAGAUGAGAUGACCACUACUUCGAAGCUCAAGGGCAAGGGCAAAGCGCGUGUUGCGGCUGCUUCACAAACGCUGUCGCUUGCACUGAAAUGGGUACAGGAUGUGUUGGAUCUAAAGGACAAGUUUGAUAGGAUCUGGGUGAGUGCUUUUCAGAGCGAUAGAGACAUUGAGAGCGGCAUGAACGAGGCCUUCGAGACGUUCGUCAAUCAACAUGAGAAGGCGUCAGAAUUUAUCUCAUUGUUCAUCGAUGACAAUCUGAAGAAGGGUCUGAAAGGAAAAUCAGACACUGAGGUCGAUCAGGUCCUCGACAAGACAAUCACUAUCUUCAGGUUUUUAACGGACAAGGACAUCUUCGAGCGUUAUUACAAGGGGCACCUUGCGAAGCGCCUGCUUCAGGGUCGGUCCGUCUCAGACGACGCAGAGCGCGGCAUGCUCGCCAAGCUCAAGGUCGAAUGCGGCUACCAGUUCACGCAGAAGCUGGAAGGCAUGUUUCAUGAUAUGAGGAUAUCCGCGGAGCACAUGCAAUCGUAUAGGGCAUAUCUAGCAAAGACAACCGCGCCUGAAGUUGAGAUAUCAGUGACAAUCAUGACCUCGACAUUCUGGCCCAUGUCGUACUCAGCUGCACCCUGCAAUCUCCCGGAUCAGCUCAUCAGGGCAUGCAAGUCCUAUGAACAGUUCUACCUUUCUAAGCAUUCAGGACGGCGAGUUACGUGGCAACCUUCCUUGGGUAAUGCCGAUGUGCGCGUGAGAUUCAAGGCCCGACAGCACGAUCUCAACGUCUCAACUUUUGCAUUGGUGAUUCUGCUCUUGUUUGAGGACCUCCCAGAUGGCGAAACCCUCACUUACGAGGAGAUCAAAACCGCGACGGCCAUCCCAGAGACAGAGCUGCAACGCAAUCUGCAAUCUCUCGCCUGUGCAAAGUAUAAAAUCCUAAAGAAGCAUCCACCAGGGCGCGAGAUCGACCAGAACGACUCGUUCUCAUUCAACUCGGACUUCAGUUCACCACUUCAGAAGAUCAAGAUCAGCACUGUUGCCAGUCGCGUGGAGAACGCGGAUGAACGAAAGGAGACGAAGGAUCGUGUAGAUGAAGAACGGCGGCAUCAGACGGAGGCAUGCAUCGUGCGCAUUAUGAAGGACCGCAAGCAUAUGACACACAACGAUCUCAUGAAUGAGGUGACGCGACAAUUAGCGGGUAGAUUCCAUCCCGAUCCCAUGGUCAUCAAGAAGCGCAUCGAAGGACUUAUUGAGCGAGACUACCUAGAACGAUGUGAAGAUCGCAAAUCGUACAAUUACUUGGUACGCCCGUUUUUAUCGGCAUUCGUUUGCAUGAGACUAACGUCUGGUUCAGGCAUGAAUGGACCCGCAGUGUAG